UUGACCCGCGGGCAACUGCAGCUGUCGUCAGAAUGGACCUGUGGCCCCGCAGUUGCUGAGCGUUCGGGAGACGCAGAGGGGUGAAUUUAGGUGUCUGUUGGUUGCUUCUGGAGGGCACUGAAAGCAGUGAAAAGUUUGUUCUGAAGUUUUAUGGACCCAGAAGAAAAUCUGUUCAGAACUGUGAAACUAGUUUUGUAACGAGUAACAUGAAAGGCUCUGAGUUUAGCCUGGAAAAGAAAAAAAAGGUGAAAAUACCAGCGAGGAGACUUCGUGAGGUAGUUUCUUCAAGUCAAGGAGAUAAUUUGGCUUUGCUGAAAGAUAAGUUGUCCUGUGUUCCUCCAGUAUUAUCUGCAAAUAAAUGUCUUCCUGUUAGAACAGGGAAGAGCUCGAAUGGAACCUUACCUGGUUCAUCAGACUUAACUUCUGUCAGAAAUUGUCAGCAGCCUCCAUUAGAAAAUUCCACUGGGUCAGAAAAUCAUUUUUCUAAAGAUGUUGCAGUGCAAGGGUUACCUUUGGAUAAAACAGAAGAGAACAACAGACAAGCAAAUGACAUCUUUAUUUCUCAGUAUACCAUGGGACAGAAAGAUGCUUUAAGAGCAGUUUUAAAGCAAAAGUCAGUUUCAUUUACAGAAAAUAGAGCUCAAAGCAUGCCUGUUUUUAAGGAAGUAAAGGUACAGCUUUUAGAAGAUGCCAGCACAGAAAAGGAUGCUGUUACUCAGGAGAAUAGAACUUCACCCAGUGGCAUUGAUUCAGCUACAACUGUGGCUGCAGCGACUGCUGCUGCCAUUGCAACAGCAGCUCCACUGAUAAAAGUGCAGAGUGAUUUGGAAGCAAAGGUCAAUUCUGUUACAGAGUUACUCAAUAAAUUACAAGAGACUGAUAAACAGUUACAACGUGUUACAGAGCAGCAGACAAGCAUUCAGAGUAAACAAGAGAAACUACACUGUCAUGAUCAUGAAAAGCAAAUGAGUGUGUUUAUGGAACAGCACAUUAGGCAUCUCGAAAAAUUACAGCAGCAACAAAUAGAUAUUCAGACUCAUUUCAUUAGUGCUGCGCUCAAGACUAGUAGUUUUCAGCCUGUUACUGGGCCUCCUUCUAGAUCAGUAGAAGAGUAUUCUGUAAAACCAGACCAUGUGAAUUUUGGUAGCUGUAAUCUGUCUUCACAUAACACCUUUGCUUCCAAACAAGCACCUUCAAGAGAGGUUGAAGAUAUGAAUUUUGAUAAACAAAAAUCUCCUUUGGAGACACCAACACCUCGUAGAUUUGCUCCUGUACCUGUUUCAAAGGAUGAUAAAAUAUCAAAGAGGGAAAAUCCUAUGGAAGAAAGAAAUAUGGAGAUGUCACAUCAUACAGGAAAUAUAAGACUCUUGGAACAAAUUUUGAACAACCCUGAUUCUUUGACAAGAAUAAGUGAAUCUUCAGAAACCUCACUAACCAGGUCCAAACUAGGAUGGCAACCUGAGAGGAGAAACAGCAUUGAUACUCUAUCCACUCAAAGAUUUCCUUCUUAUGAAGAACUAGGAAGAGCUAGAGUGACCAUGCAGAAGUCUGAUGAUAUUCUUCAUGAUCUUGGCCAAAACAAGAAAGAAACAAAUGGCAUACUUCAGCCAAAAGAAUCUCAGAUUGUAUCAAGACUUGCUGACUUACCACAGAAUUCCAUAAAGCUUCAAACAACCAGUACAAGAUCUGUACUAAAAGAUGCUGAGAAGAUUUUGAGGGGAGUACAAAAUAAUAAAAAAGUACUUGAAGAAAACCUGGAAGCUAUUAUUCGAGCAAAGGAUGGAGCUGCCAUGUAUUCCUUUAUCAAUGCCCUGUCUACCAACAGAGAGAUACCAGAAAAGAUUCGGAUCAGAAAGACAGUAGAUGACUGGAUUAAAACUAUUUCUGCAGAAAUUCAAGAUGAACUGGCAAGAAAAGAUUAUCAACAAAAGAAAUUUGAUCAAAAGAAUCAAAGGACCAAGAGAACUCAGAAUAUGAGCAAAGAUAUUAAAACAAACACACAAGGUAAAACUGUAAAUAAUUCUUUAUUUCCAAGAAGACAUUCUCAAAGGCCAAAAGAGGAGUGUUUUAGAAAUCCACCUGCAAGGAGCAUGGCUGCUUCAAGCUUACCGAAAGAGAGGAAAGAAGGAUUUUUGAAAGCAACCACAGAGGUACAAGACAACGAUUAUACAUUACAAAUUUAUGGAAAACCAGUUUAUCAGGGUCACCGCAGCACUCUUAAAAAAGGACCGUAUCUCAGAUUUAAUUCUCCAUCUCCUAAGUUCAGACCGCAGAGACCAAAAGUAAUAGAACGAGUUAAAGGCACUAAAGUAAAGUCAAUAAGAACACAAACUGUUUAUGCAACAAAACCUACAAAGGUGGAUUCUAAACUGCAACAUUCCAUUACUACGCUGUCUCCUGGUGAUCAGCAGUAUUUGUUCAGCCCAAGCAGGGAAAUGCCUACUUUUUCGGGUACAUUGGAAGGUCAUCUAAUUCCUAUGGCAAUUCUUUUAGGACAAACCCAAAGUAAUAGUGAUUCCAUGCCACCUGCUGGUGUAAUUAUAAACAAGCCACACCCUAUAACAGUGACUACUUCUAUUCCACCAUCACUUCGAAAAACAGAAACCGGAGUAAAGAAACCUAACAUAGCAGUUGUAGAAAUGAAGUCAGAAAAAAAGGAUCCUCCUCAGCUUACUGUACAGGUACUACCCAGCGUAGAUAUUGACAGCAUUUCAAAUGGUAGUGUGGACAUCGGUCUGUCUCCAUCUAGUCUCAAAGAAGCCUCUCCUCCUCUGAAAACCUGGAUACAGACUCCAGAAUUCAUGAAGGCAGAUGAAGAGGUAAAGUUCCCAGGAACUAACUUUGAUGAAGUAAUCGAUAUCAUACAGGAAGAGGAACAAUGUGAUGAAAUUCCAGAAUACUCUGAACCAAUUCUGGAGUUUAAUAGAAGUGUUAAAGUUGUUUCUACAAAAUAUAAUGGCCCUCCAUUUCCACCGGUUGCUUCUACUGUUCAGCCCACUGCUGAUGUUCUGGAUAAAGUAAUUCAGAGAAAAGAAACAUUGGAAAAUAGCUUAAUUCAGUGGGUAGAACAAGAAAUAAUGUCAAGAAUGAUUUCUAGGCUCCUUCCAAUCCAACAACAGGCCACAGCUAAUGUCAGUGUAUCAGUUAGUGAGGCCAGCGAGCCAUCAACUUCUGACAUUGUGGAAGGAACAAGCAGUGGUGCCCUCCAGCUUUUUGUUGAUGCCGGGGUUCCUGUGAAUUCAGACAUGAUUAGGCAUUUUGUGAAUGAAGCUCUUGCUGAGACCAUUGCUGUUAUGCUGGGUGAUGGAGAAGCAAAGAAGCAAGGUCCUGUUGUUACAAGUAUUUCUGGGGAUGUUUCAACAGCACACUUGCCGGUAGAGCAUGUACCCCCGUUGCCUACCCCACAGCCAACUCCUCCUCGCUCACCUUCACCACUUCCUAAGGAGUGUGUGUUGGUAAAGACUCCAGAUUCUUCUCCCUGUGUUUCAGAUCAUGAUGUAGCUUUACCCGUGAAAGAAAUAUUUGCUGAAGAAGGAAAUGAUAUGCCUGGCAUCACACUCGUUAAUACCCCAGCAGUUACCCCAGCGACUACCCCUCCUCCUGCAGCAGUUCUUACCCCAACUUUGUCAGAGACUUCCAUUGAUCAGUUGAAGAUAUCAAGCCCUGAGCUGCCCAAGCCAUGGGGUGACAGAGACCUGCCACUGGAAGAAGAGAAUCCCAGCUCUCUUCAAGAAGAGCUUCAUCCGAGAGCUAUUGUAAUGUCUGUGGCCAAGGAUGAAGAACCUGAGAGCAUGGGUGUCCCUGUUCAGCCUCCACCUCCAGAGCCAGUUCCCGUUAUGGCGCUUCCCACUGGCACUAAGGCUCCUGCCCCCACACAGAUGCCAAGUUUGGAUUCAUCAACAACGGAGAGCACCUUUAGCAUCACUGUCACGGAAACUGAACCUAUAGAUAGACUCCUCUCUGAAGGAGAGAUUUUAUUGAACUGUGGUCAAAAAGUGGUUCCUAAGAUUUUAGGAGAUGAAGGAUUGUAUAUGACAAACCUAAAUGAUAGCUUAUCCAGUACUCUGCAGGAUGCUCUUGAAAUGGAAGAUGAUCCUCCCAGUGAAGGACAAGUGACUGGGAUGUCCUAUAGAAAAAUUCAUGCAGAUGCAAUUCUUUCUCUUCGUACUAAACAAAACCAGGAAUCAUUAGUUCAGCAGCAAGCUGCCUGUCAUUCAGAGAACUUAGAAAACAGUGUUGAUGAACUUAGUGGAGGACAAAGGCCCAGUCUGAGAGCAGCAGCAGAGAACAUCUUACUGGGACAUUCUGCCUAUACGCAGGAGCCUGUGGGUAACACAGAGUCUUCAGAUCAAAAAUGUGCUCCUAAGCCAUUAUCUCAACAGUGUGACACAGUUACAGGUGGUGUUUAUGAAGAUUCUUGUGCUAGUCAUGGUCCAAUGAGUUUGGAAGAAUUGGAGUUACAGCCACAUCCUCAUGUUGCUCUUCCCACAACGCUACUGACAGCACAAGAAAAUGAUGUUAAAUUAUCAGUAGCAGCUGCAGAUUUUCCUCAGUACCAACAAAAGGAAGAUCAAGAUGUUAAGCAAGUUGAACACAAGCCUGUUCAAAGUCGUUUAAUACAUGUAAGAAGUAAAUCUGACAUUUCACUUCAGCCACAACAAGCUUCACCAGGUGAUAUGGAUCAGACGCAAAUUGAGCCCACUCUGUACCUGGCAUCUGUAUUUACAGGUGGGAAAGCAGUACCGCUCUUCACUCCUCAGAUGUCACCUCCAAGGAUGUCUCUGACUGUCCCCUCAGUGAACCUGGAGGAUGGUGCUCAGUCUCUGAGCAUCAACACCAUCCAGGGGGACACAGAAUCCUCAGGAGCAGAUACCUUCUGAAUGGGAAAUGAGAGCCAGGACAAUGUUUGUGCUGCUGGUUUUGAGGUCAUUUUUCUGUGGCAUAAAACCUUCUCUCUGACUAUUAUGGUCUUUCAACAUAUUCAGAAAAACAAUUUUUAAUUUUUUAUUAAAAUGAAAAAUGUAAUUUGGGU